GGUGACAAGAUACGCAUGAGGAAAUCUGUGACUUCCUUUUUUGCAGCCUAUGAUGCAUUAUGUGAAGAUGGAAUUGCAACAUCUGUAUGCAAGGCUCUUGAUGAAGUUGCUGACAUAUCUGUUCCAGGAUCAAAAGACCACGUAAAGGUGCAAGGUGAAAUCUUGGAGGGCCUUGUGGCUCGUAUAGUUAGUCCUGACAGCUUGAAACAUAUAGAGAAAGCUUUGGCAGACUUUCCUCCUCCAACAUUAGAUGGAGCUAGCCUUGAUUUUGGGCCAAGUCUUCGUGAAAUAUGUGCAGCCAAUAGGUCAGAUGAGAAGCAGCAAAUAGAAGCACUACUUCAAAGUGUUGGACCUUCUUUUUGCCCCAAUUUUUGUGAUUGGUUUGGAAUUGGAGAUGGUGAUGCUCACUCAAGAAAUGCUGAUCGGUCGGUUCUUUCAAAAUUUUUACAAGCUCAUCCUGCUGAUUUUUCCACCACCAAAUUACAGGAAAUGGUUCGUUUGAUGAGAGAAAAGCGUUUUCCAGCUGCUUUCAAGUGUUAUUAUAACUUCCACAAGUUAGAUUCCCUGGCAAGUGAUAACCUGCAUUUUAAGAUGGUUAUUCAUGUACACAGUGAUUCAGCUUUUCGACGAUAUCAGAAGGAGAUGAGGAACAAACCUGGAUUGUGGCCAUUGUAUAGAGGCUUUUUUGUUGACAUAAACUUAUUCAAAGCGAGCAAGGAGAAAGCAAGUGAAAUUUCCGAAGGCAGAAAUGUACAAGAAAAAAGUGUCAAUGGUAGCUGUGGCACAACUACAUCAGGAACAGAUGGUUUGGCUGAUGAAGAUGCAAACUUGAUGAUCAAGCUGAAAUUUCUCACAUACAAGUUACGAACAUUUUUGAUUCGCAAUGGCUUGUCAAUUCUUUUUAAAGAAGGUCCCGCAGCUUACAAAGCGUAUUAUUUAAGGCAAAUGAAAAUAUGGGGCACUUCAGCUGGGAAGCAGAGGGAACUCAGCAAGAUGCUUGAUGAAUGGGCUGUGUAUAUCCGGAGGAAGUAUGGAAACAAACAAUUGUCAUCAUCCACAUACCUCAGCGAAGCUGAGCCUUUUCUUGAGCAAUUUGUAAAGCGCAGUCCAGAGAAUCAGGCUUUGAUAGGAGCAGCUGGAAAUUUUGUCAGGGCUGAAGAUUUCUUGGCUAUUGUCGAAGAAGGCAGGGAUGAAGAGGGUGAUCUUGAGGUGGAGCGGGACAUUGCACCUUCAAGCCCUAGUCCAACAGUUAAGGACACUGUUCCAAAAGCUGAGGGUUUGAUUGUGUUCUUUCCAGGAAUACCUGGUUGUGCUAAGUCCGCACUUUGCAAGGAAAUACUAAGUGCUCCUGGUGGACUUGGAGAUGACCGGCCUGUUAAUAGUAUUAUGGGUGAUCUUGUCAAAGGAAGAUAUUGGCCAAAGCUUGCUGAAGAACGCAGGAAAAAACCGUAUGCUAUAACCCUUGCUGACAAAAACGCUCCAAAUGAAGAAGUCUGGAGGCAGAUUGAGGACAUGUGCCGAAGCACGAGGGCCUCUGCUGUUCCAGUUGUUCCUGAUUCUGAAGGCACACAUUCAAAUCCAUUUUCUCUUGAUGCAUUAGCAGUUUUCACGUUUCGUGUACUGCAAAGAGUCAAUCACCCGGGAAACCUUGACAAAGCGUCUCCAAAUGCUGGCUAUGUCAUGUUAAUGUUCUACAACCUUUACGAGGGCAAGGAUCGUCAAGAAUUUGAGAGUGAAUUGAUUGAACGUUUUGGCACACUUGUCAAGAUGCCAUUACUCAAGACUGAUAGGAGCCCUUUACCUGAUCCUGUUAAAUCUAUAUUGGAGGAAGGAUUAAGUCUAUUUGGGCUUCAUAACAAAAGGCACGGAAGAUUGGAAUCCUCCAAAGGAUCAUAUGCAAAGGAGUGGGCUAUAUGGGAAAAGAAAUUACGGGAGAUUUUAUUUGCAAAUGCUGAGUAUCUCAAUUCUAUUCAGGUCCCUUUUGAUCAUGCAGUCAAACAAGUGUUGGAGCAACUAAGAACCAGUGCAAAGGGUGAUUUUUCAGUGCCCAGUACUGAGAAGAGGAAGCUUGGAAACAUUGUUUUUGCGGCUGUCACCUUACCUGUUACAGAAAUCAGGAGCCUUCUUAACAAUUUAGCUGUGAGGAAUCCGAAGGUUGAAGCUUUCCUCAAGGGUAAAGAUAUGGAGAACUCCCUAAAGAAGGCUCAUGUAACUCUUGCUCACAAGAGGAGCCAUGGCGUCGCUGCUGUUGCUAGUUAUGGUAUGUACCUCCAGAAGAAGGUACCUGUAGAUAUGACUGCAUUGCUCUUCUCUGAUAGCUUGGCUGCCCUGGAAGCCCUCCCUGGUUCUGUUGAUGGUGAUAAAAUAACUUCAAGAAACCAGUGGCCCCACGUUACCAUAUGGACUGGAGGACUUGCAGCCAAGGAAGCCAACACACUACCACAGCUACUUUCAGAGGGGAAAGCAACUCGCAUAGAGAUUGACCCACCUGUUACCAUCUCAGGGUCUUUGGAUUUUUAUUAAGUUGCUUUAAAGUUUUUACUACAUAAUCUUGGAUGGUUCGUAUGGUGCCCUCCAGGAUCAGUAGCAUCAUUGUAAUGGCAUUGUUACUUUCUCCUUUGGGUUUUGAGGAUACGAGGUAAGUGAAAAGGUUUUGGCUGCCAUGGAGAAGUGAAAAAGUCUUUUAUGGGAAUUUGAGCAGUUCUGCUGAGUUUGUGUACAUUUGCGUCAUAUAGACCCUGUUUGUAAAAUUUUUGUUCCACGUUAAAUAUUUCUAUUUUUGUAAUUUUUUUUUCUACAAUAAAAUAAAUGAUGAAAAAUCUUAUUUUUACAGAAA